UCUUAAAAGGAGGUGAAAGGAGCAACAGAGGAAGGAGAAGAACCAGACAGACAAAAUGGGAGCAGAGGAGAAGGAGGAAGAAGUUGCUCCUGCUCCUUCCCUUCCUGCUGCUGGUGUUAAAAAACAGAAAAGUUCCAAAGAAGUUUAUUUCAGUGUUCUUCCUGAUCGAUAUGUGCCGCUGAUCGAAGAGGAGGAGGAGGAGCAUAGGAGACGAAAGAAGGAGAAAAAAAAGAGAAAGCAGAAAAAAUGGAAGAAGAACAUCGGAAAAGCCUUGCGGUUCUCUCUGCGCUCUCUCCUUCUGGGGUUACAGAACAUGGCAAUGAUCCCCACGUCUCCAUUCACUGCAGCCACCACAUUGGGGAUGGAGUUGAACAGGAAGAGAAACUGAAGAUCAUCUGAUGGGAUGUGAAAGAAGCAGAAGAGGGAUUGGGAUUAACCCUGAACAGUUUGAAUCUUGCAGCAGCAUCACUCUGAUGCAGCUUGAGGUUUUUAACCUGGUUCUAACUUUUAGCUCUUUUAUCAGUGAGAUUGAGCUAAAACUCAUAGACACUUCUCAGCAAACUUUUAGCUACUAAUAGUUAAAUGAAGAUUAAGUUUGUAAAUAACUCCUCAUCCAUAGCCUAUUUUACUUAAGAUUUAGCUAACAUAGCUAUUACAUUUUAACCAUUGUUUGGCUAACAUGUAGUCAAGCAAUUUAUUUUUAUUAUUUUCUUUUUAUCUUUGUUACUUUUCAUUGCUGCCAACAUUAAGACUAGUUUUGUUUAUGUUUGUGGAUGGGCCGACUUUUAGCUGGUUAUACACUAUUUAUGGCAAACACUUUGAUCUGUCUCUUAACUUAUAAAGAUUAAAAUAUUCUAAUAGGUAAUCCAAAACCAAAACCCCUGUGUAAUUUAAUCCUGUAAUCCUACUCACUAAUUUGAAUUUGUAACCCUGCUCUUGAAUUUAAACCUGUAAUCCCUAUCUGUUAUCCCAACCUGUAAUCCAAUCUUUAUUCCUGAAUUUUUGGUGCCUGCUCAACACACCACAGAAGGCCAGGAUGCCACAAUACUAAAAUGCAAUCCCUAAUCUAUUAUCCUAAACUGAAAUACUGACCUGAUCUACUAAUCUGUAAUCCUAAUAAGUAUUAUCGUAGUAGUAAAGGCAGAUUUGCCCUUUUCUUACCUUUGUUAACUUUUUUUGUUUACGACAUCAGAUGUUUACUUCACCUCACAGCUUGUGUCUGGCCCUGACAGGGUGAAGCUGCUCCAGGCCAGUGCCUGUUGUCUGUACAAACUGUCUCUCUGUGACCACCUGUUGAGAAACUCUGCUGACUGGACUUUGUUGUUCUAACUUCACUCAUUCUUGCAAAAAUAAAACUAUAAACACCA